AUACUUAAUCUUGGCAUAGUGAACUUAAAAAUCGGUCAUGCAUGUUAAACCAGAACACGUCGAGUUUUGGUCAGGAUAUAGUCAUGUGACUCAAGAAUAAAUACUUUCAAACAUUUUUUAGCUCGUAAUUAUAGUGUUCAAUACCAAAAGAGGUUUAUUUUUGCUUAAAGGAUAUUUUACUAAAAUUCCCUGACUUAAAAAAAAAUGUUUUCAGCACUUUUAGGCUGCUCAUGUUCUACUUAUAAAAUACAUAAUAAAUACAAAGCUGAGAAAUGUUAUAUAAUAAAUUCCUGAUCAUUGCCGUUGCCUUCUUGGCCUGCGCCUUCGCCGAUGUUUCGGAGCUGGGUGGCUACGAGUACCAGCAGCCCGCUCCUGCCCCCGUGGAGACCUACAUCCCCCCUGCACCACCAGCCCCCGCACACGCCCCCAUUGAGACCUACAUUCCCCCCGCACCUCCGGCACCCGAGUACAUCCCACCCGCCCCCGUCCAGGCCGAGGAGCCCAUCAUCGAGGAGAUCGAGCAGCCCGCCCAGGACGGAUACCGCUACAAGACCGUCCGUCGUCGCGUCUUCCGUCACCGCAACUAAGUCCUGGAAGCCAAUCGUUAUUGUUAAUUUGUUGACUCGAGUGUAAUUGCUGAAUAGUACCAUCCUCAGAAAUUCACUUGGAGAGUAAAAAGUAUGAGAAGUUGUAACUGAACCCAUGUUUGUUGUCUUGUAUUUACUUUGGUGGAAAUCAAAGUUUAGAGAACAGGAAUAAAUACCAUCCAUUGAAUUUAAUACU